AUGACAAGCCAAAUUGCUAGUUGGGAUACAAGAGUGUGGAACUACGACGAUGCACUACCAGUGAACUCUUUUCAAAACCAUAAGUUAUCCGACAGAGGGCUAUCUAAACUUUUGCUUAUCAAUGAGCUUGAUGAGAGCUUGCUUUUGGCCGCCUCAAGUGAUGGAAAUGUACGUAUAUGGAAAAAUUUUGCUCAAAAGGGAGGACAGAAACUUGUAACUGCUUUCUCAUCAGUUCAGGGACAUCGAGCUGCUGGUCACAGUAUUGUGAUUGACUGGCAGCAGCAAUCUGGUUAUCUGUAUGCAUCUGGUGACAUGUCUUGCAUCUUGGUAUGGGACCUUGAUAAGGAACAGCUUCUCAGCACCAUUCAGUCAACUGCUGAAAGUGCCAUUUCUUCCCUGUCUGCAUCUCAGGUCUGCUCCGGACACUUUGCUGCUGGUUUUGCUGAUGGUUCUGUCAGGAUAUAUGAUGUUCGCUCUCCUGAUAGGCUUGUCUAUGUGGCCAGGCGGCAUGCCCCAAGAACGGAAAAGGUUGUGGGCAUUGGGUUUCAGCCUGGGUUUGAUCCAUACAAGAUUGUAAGUGCAUCUCAAGCUGGAGACAUUCAGUUUCUUGAUGUUAGAAGGGCCGCAGAACCCUACCUGACUAUUGAGGCACACAGGGGUUCACUUACAGCAUUAGCGGUUCAUCGGCAUGCCCCAGUUGUUGCUAGUGGCUCAGCCAAGCAGAUGAUUAAAGUGUUUAGUCUUGAAGGAGAGCAGUUGACGAUUAUUCGCUACCAGCCAUCUUUUAUGGGUCAAAGAAUAGGCAGUGUAAAUUGCCUUUCUUUUCACCCAUACAAAUCACUCCUGGCUGCUGGUGCUGGUGAUAAUGGUCUUGUUUCUAUCUAUGCCGAGGAAAAUUACAAGUAA